AUGCCGCCAUCGAUCUUCCUCAUCCUCUCACUACUGCUCGCGUCCACCAGCGGACAAGCACCUACUCCGGGGUCGUCGGUGCCCGGCUCGUCUGCGCCCGGCUCAUCGGCCACUGCCCCCGGACCUGCGCCUCUGUAUAACUUUGUACCAUACAAUGUAUGGUACCGGAGAAUGUAUGGUAGCGGACAAGCACCGGUGCCCUCGCCCGAGCCGGUUGCUGGGGCCGUCACCGCGGCCGAGGAAGCUCAGUACUUCGACACCAGCGGACAAGCACCGGUACCCUCGCCCGAGCCGGUUGCUCAGUACGUCGACACUAGCGGACAAGCACCGGUACCCUCGCCCGAGCCGGUCGCUCAGGGGGCAGCCAACGGCGAUCCCCACCUGAUGCUGGCUCACGGAGGCAAGGCGGACUUCCGCGGCACCGACAAGGGCAUCUACAACUUCCUCUCGGCCAAGAACCUCUCGCUCAACGUGAUGACAGAGUUGGCCGACUUUUACCUGCACGACACGGACCACCCUCGCCACAAGCUCGUGCACGGCUCCUUCCUCACGCAGGCGCACGUCGUUGCGUUGACCGGCGGCGGGCGCACUGUACACGCUUCGUACUGGGCGAGCAAGAUCGGUCCGCUCAACAUCGGGUGGAUCAACGCGACCAUCGACAACCAGCAGGCAUUCUCGCUCGGGCCGCACACGACCAAGGUGGUCGACGACGUCUCGCUGCACAUGGACUACUCCUCGCUGCAUGUCACCACUGGCGAGUGGGAUCUGGCGGUCACGCCGCAGGCCGUCGAACGCUCGGUGGCGGGGCCCGUGCGGCGCAUCGAUGUGCAGAUGACGCCGCGCGUCGCCGAAUCCAAGUUCUCCGUGCCGCCCCACGGCGUGAUUGGCCAGUCGUGGGACGGCGACAACAAGGCCGUCUUCGGCGAUGAGGACGAGUUCCCUGUGCGCGGCGAGUACACGACGAGCGCGAUGGCCGAGGGGGCUAUCGAAGGCGUGCCGACCGACUACCUGAUGUCCUCACCCUACGCCACCGACUUCAAGUAUUCGCGCUUUAGCCUCGCCCAUGCCUCCCCGCGCGACGUGUCCAAGCUGACCGGCCGCGUUUGGGCAGCUGUGCCUCUGGCUGGUAACGGUGCCGGCGUCAUGGAGAAGGAGAUGGAGUUGUCGGCAGGGCAGGUUGCCUGA